UUCAACAUGAAUGGUCGUCCUCCUUAUGGAACCCUUCCCCUCGCUCAACAGGAAAAUAAUGGGUUUAGACCACUCUUAAGGCCUCGCGGUAAAACUGCUACAAUUGCUUCAGUUGUCAUCGCUGUAAUUGGAGGAACGAUGUUGCUGUUUGCUGUGAAGGAAAAAGAGGACAGAGAAGGAAUUCAUUUCAUUUUGUUUAUAGCAGCCUUGCUAACCCUAAGUCUAGUUCUCGGAGAACUAUUGCGAAGAUUCUGCCUGGUGUUUGAAGAGAUUCGACACAAAUACACGAGAUAUGAUGGAAAGUGGAGGCUCAUUUUUAAGGCAACUCUUACUUUCGAACAUGGAAAGAGUAUUUUGGUCGCAACCACUGCUUCCGCUCUGACAUUGAUUUUCUUCUUGUUUGAACAUUACGAGGUUUUCUGUUGUUCACCCUAUGUCAUCUUGUUUUCACUCAACUGUUUCGUCAUUCCGCAGUUGCUGUUCCUGUUGGGUCUCCGACAACCUUCUACUGCUGAGAGAUCGGAAAUCAACGAACGAGAAAACAAGAACGUUGCUGAAGGAAUGGCCUGGAACUACUACUUCGGGUAUCUAAAGCUGGUGCUGCCAAGGCUCGAGCGUCAAAUAGCAAAAUCGGUGCAAUUCCGCUUCAAGAUAAAACACAAAAAGCUUUUCAUUUUGUUACCCAAAUCGUGCUACACAUAUCCUGAAAUCACAGAAGCAGAUUACAGGGUGAAAUCUGUUGGUAAUCUCCCGGAGAGCAAAAUAAACAGGGGAGGAAUCAAGGAUAGGAUUUACAAGCACACAGUACAUCGGGUAGAGAUGCUCCGCCCAGAUGGAACGACAGAGGAAUACUACUUUGUACUGGAAUACGCCACCGCUCUGAUGUCCUUAUAUCAGAUGUCUCAGAAUGCGGCUGCUCCGCUGAGUUAUCAGGAUCGAACACAUCAGGUGGAGAUGUUCAUCUCGAAACUGACGGAUAUUCUGAAAAGCUGCGAAGAAUGCAGAGGGAAGUAUGAAUUGGUGCCAAUUUCAGGAGAUGAAACAGACAAGAUUGCAGACGUCCUGGUUGGAAUUCAUAAUAGAGAGUUGAACGAGGAAGUUGCAUUACUCUAAGAGACACUCUGAAACGUAAUACUGGCUAUUUUUUUUCAUUGUAUCAAGAAAAUGCAGAGAGGCUUGUGUUCAGGCUGCCUGCAAGGAAUGAAGUGUGUUUGACAAAAUGUAGGGAUUUGUCCGGGACUGAAAGCGGAGCUCCUUAAGUUUUUUUUAAAGCGGAGCUCUAUAAGUAAUUAAAGCGCAGCGCUUUAAGUUUCUGUAAAGCGGAGCUCUAUGUAGUUUAAGUUGAGCUCUGGAAGAAUUUAGUUACCCCCGGCAAAACCCGAAUAAAAGCUUAUCUAGUC